AUGAUGGACGAUUGUUACCAUGAGGAGUCGAAGCACAACGCAGAAAACUUGAAUCAGUGGGUAAGAACUUCUUUGCUGAAUGCUUUGAACUCACUGAAACUAACAAGAAGGAACGCGUCAAAAAGAAUUGGUCGGCUUUCAGUGUAUUUAUAUAGUGAAAAGGUCGUAUUCUUUAUGGCGCGGCUUAGAUUUUUGGUCAUAAAUAUGUCAAAAUAAUAAAUUUUUUUGGUUGGUCAAGUAAUAGUUAGAAUAGUCUGUAAGUUUUAUUUUGAACCAAGUUUUAUUUUUUCCACAAACUUUUUGACCGAUGUAUAACAGCUUUAAGUCGCGUCAAAAAGAAUUGGUCAUCUUUCAGUGUAUUCAUAUAGUAAAAGUGAUCAAUUCUUUUUGACGCGGACUAAUAACAUUGCUUUAUUGAUGUUAAACUUGAUCUUAUGAUUUUAACUUUCGAUUUUAUGAAGAGAUGACAUUUUUAAUAAGUGAUAAACGUUACAUUGUAGUCAAAUGCGACCUGCCCGGAUGACUAUGAAGAGCUUGCUCAAGCUGUUUCUAAUACCAACCUCCAGACCGGUCUAUCCGACCCCGAGGUCCGACUGCUACUGGAGGAGCAAGAGAAGAUCAACAAGGCUGUGAUGGCAUUGGAGGAGGUGGAUAUUGAGGUACCGAAACGAUUGGGCGUUUCUAUCAAUUGUGAUGGUGAAAAGUUACUGUACGAUGAUACCACGGCUUCGGAAAAUGAAUACAGCUACUUUUUCAAGGAUCUGUACCUAAAGUUUAUUCUAAAGUAGGUUUUUAGGUAUAAAAAUGGGUUUUUUGUGAGCUGUUGGUUAUAUUACUUUGAAUGUUGUGGUUUUGGAUUCAGAAAUGCAAGAACUUUCUUUAUAAAACUAAAAACGGCAAGAACUUUCUUUACAAAACAACAAAUGGCAAGAACUUUCUUUACAAAACAAAAAAUGGCAAGAACUUUCUUUACAAAACAACAAAUGGCAAGAACUUUCUUUACAAAACAUAAAAUUGCAAGAACUUUCUUUACAAAACAAAAAAUAGCAAGAACUUUCUUUACAAAACAAAAUUUUAAAUAUUUCAAUUUUAGUGACGCCGAAGGGUAUGUUGAAGUUCGAACCGACUACCCCACCUCGUAUACGGAAUGGGAAGUUGUGGCUCAAGUCCGUUUCUCGACUUCGACCAAUUUGUCCAGCUUUAAAGUGGUCGAUGGUGCUGUGUUUAGUUUUGGCAAGUACGACCGACCAGUCCGGCUUGAACUCGACCAUUCCAAAGGCCAAAUCAAUGCUAUCAGGGUCGAUAUGAGACUGAUUAGAUAUGUAAGAGCUUUUUUGAAUAUUUGGUUGUUCAGUUAAAUAUGAGCUCCUUUUUAAAGAACAUUUUUGGUGUUGAAAGGCACAGAAUUUUUUGAACAAUUGAAUACUUUGUUUUUGUUCUUUGUAUAACUUGUGACUGGCUGCGGGACCAGGGUUUUGCUUGUUUUAUUUAAAAAACGAAGGAACUUUCUUUACAAAACUCAUUUUUUCGAAAAACCGCAAUAAUUUUUUUUACAGAGGUUUAAAAUGCUUUCAUUGUUUAACUUGCCACUCGCAGGUUGCGGGGUAUGAUUUUUGUCAAUUUUUUUAAAAAAUCGCAAAAACUUUCUUUACAAAACUUAAUUUUUGAAAAACCGCAAAAACUUUAUUUAAAAUUUUUAAUCUAUUUUGAAAGUUUAAUUUUUUUUAGAAUUUUGAAAAAGUGUCGCCAUCCUUCUUCCGCGACACCGAUGUCACCAUCACAUUUGACGAUGGCAAGGACGACAUUUACAGUUACAAAAACUUUUUGCAAUUGUACUCGUUUGGCUUGGCCAAUAUGAUUAAGCAAAGCACCGAGUUUGAUGCGUACGCCAACCCGAUUAUCCAUCUACCGGCCGAGGAUCGACCACUGGUCACGGAAUUGCUGGUCUAUUUGGGACCCAACAUCCGACCGAUCCACCCCCGAUUCGUCAAAUUGUGCCAUGCUGCCAAAAAGUACGCCUCCCAGACGGUAUUGAUUGAUGCUGCCAAGUACUUUCUACAGCAUUGUUCGGUAUGUUUCAGCUUUUUUGGGUUGAAGGGGAGGGAGGUAAGGGAAUGUUAGGGGGUGUGCUAUUGUAGGGUAGGGUAGUUUAAGGUACAGUAGGGUAGUGUAGGGUAGGCUACGGUAGUACAGGCUUGGAUACUGUAGUGUUGACUCAGUUAUCGUAGAGUAAGGGAGGAUACUGUAGAGUAGACUACUGUAGGAUUGGAUACUGUAAUCUAUGCUAGGGCACUGUUAGUGUAGCCUGGUCGACUGUAAAGCGGGGUGGGGUACUGUAAGUGAGGGCAGGUUAGGCUACUCUAAGAUAAAAUACUUCAAUUUAUGGGAUUAUUUUAUUUUGUAAACAAAGUUUCUUCCAUUUUUAGCCCUACAUGUCAUCUCUAACACAACGAGUCACAGAAGCAAUUCACUGUAACCUUGGCGAAGAGGUCAUUCCCAAGUUGAUUUUCGAUGCCGUCAAGAACAAGGAAUGGUCGAAAGUGAUCAGCCAAGUCAGUGAACCAAGCACCUUGUUCUCGGAAGAUGUCUACAACAACUUUGUCGCUCCAGCCUGCAUUCAAGCUCAGAAAAAGCGAAAUUUCGAAUUUCCGACCAAAGAACAGUUGAUCUUGAGGUGAGUGGAAGGAAAGUUGUUGCGGAAUUUGGAACCAUUGGGUUUGGAAAGAAAGUUUCUUCAUAUUAAAAGAAUAGGGGUUGGAAAGAAAGUUAUUGUGGUUUUUUGUAAAAUUAUUAUUUGUAAAGAAAGUUCUUGCAAAGUUUUGUUUUGUAAAGAAAGUUCUUGCCAUUUUCAGGGCUCGAACUGCAAGCGACCCAAAUGUAGUCAAGUUGACCUACAGUGGAGUCACAGUACUGGCCCACGAAGGAGUGCUACAAGCCCAAAGUAUGGCCAAGUUUGGUACUAGUGCUGAUUUGGAAGCUAGAGGUAAGGUUGUAAAGAAAGUUCUUGCAAUUUCUUGUUUUUUUUCAUCUUUUGAAAUUUAAACUUAACAAUCGCAUUUUUAGAGUAUUACCCAAUCUUCAGCGUGGCCACCCGUGAAUACCUCCAGAAGCUUCACAUCAAUCUGGAGCACUUUCUCAACGAAUUCCUGGAUUUUGCUUAUUAUGGGAAGGGCGUCUGCAACAAGUGCAUCAAGCCCAUGCUGAUUUUUGCUCACGACAAUGAACUGAAGUUUUUGAAGGCCAAAAUGGAAGAGGUAAGCGAUUGGAAACGGGUUAUAUUGCUUUGUAAAGGAAAUUUGGAAAUGAACGAAAUGUCACAAAAAAUCAAUAGUCUUUGUGAAAUUUCAUCUUAAUAUUUUGGGGUUUUUUUGUCAUUAAAAAGCAAGUAGGAGUAGUUUUUUGUCAUGCACUUUUUGAAGAAUUUUGAAAUUUUUAAAAAUAAAUAUUUUUUGUGACAUUUUGUCAUUUUUGACGUUUGUCGCUUUAUGGUUCCUAAAUACAAAGCAUAGGCAUUUUUUAAGUUAGUUUUACAUAAUUGAGUGAUUUUGACUUUUUUGAAAAUAAUUUUUGUGACAUUUCGUCCUUUUUUGAAAUUUUUUAUGAUACGACCUUGGAAAGUAAAAAUAAUCAAAAAAUUGAAUUUUUAAAUGGUUUAAAGAAAGCUAAAAUAAUUUUUAAUUUUCAAUACACCGCUAUUUGAAUGACAUUUCGUCUUUUCAGGCCAUUAUGCGUGAACCACCAAUUACAUCGACGAUGCUGAAGGAGCACUUCGUACUGGCUUCGAAGUACAAUCUGGAGAAUCUGAUGCGAUUGAGUUUAUUGCGAAGCGAAGGCCAUUAUCUGUCGUUGGCGCAGGAACUGAUUAACAUGACUGGAGUGGUGAAUGAGCUGAGUUUGUCAACCAUGAGGAAGCUGGCGGAUCGACUGUGCUCGAGAUGGUCGUUGGUCGAUUGGAAGAUGGCAGAGUGGUAAGAUUUUGAAGUUUUUUGAAAUAGUUUGUUUUGGAACGAAAGUUCUUGCCGUUUUGUGUUUUGGAAAGAAAGUUCUUGCUAUUUUUUGGAUUGUAAAGAAAGUUCUGGCCGUUUUGUGUUUUGGAAAGAAAGUUCUUGCCAUUUUUUGUUUUGUAAAAAAAGUUUUUGCAGUUUUUUGAAAAAAUAAUGUUUUGGAAAGAAAAUUAUUGCGGUUUUAAUUUGAUUACUUUCAGCAAUGCCACCAGAAAAACCUGCCGUCGCUUGUUUCUAGGCAGCGGAAGACCAAUGGAGAGGAUAACCGAUCCAACCCCAACUCACGUAACCAACACUGUUGGGGUUGGCUUAGCGGGGAAUAACAACAGGAACGUGAAUGUUGUACGUUUUUUCAUGCUUUCAUUCAUUUUUACAGUACUUUCAUUUAUUUCCUCAUUUCAAAGUUACAACUAGUGACAUAACAAUAACAGAUAUCAAAAGAUUAAAUCGGGUUACCAUCAUUGUAUAUGAGGUACUGCUCUCGCCAGUUGCCAAUGGAGGUAGCCAAAGAAGUGUACCAUCCCGUUCCUUGACUGCACUCCAUUUAUUCUCUUCCGCAAAUUUGAACGAAAUCAUCCUCCCAUCUUAUUCUAGGUUUCCUAAUCCUUCUUUUUCUCUUCGUCUUCCAGUUUAGAGCCUUCCAGUCCAGCCGUUCAGUUCCAGCUCUAGCAAUUUUCAUUGCGACUUCUACCACGUCCUUCAACUUAGUGCGUGUCCUCAUUCGUCUGCUUCUUAUUUCAUCCAUUAGUUUCAGGCCCAACAUCGCUUGCUCCAUUUUUCUUUGGCAUCGUUUGACCUCCUACUUGUUUUCCAUUUUUAGCGCCCAACUUUCAGGCCCAUAAGUCAUCGCGAUUAGUAUGCACUAUUGAAGUACCUUUUUUUGAUCUAUAUUUCAGUCUUUCUACUGGUCAGGAGAUCAUAUUUAGCUCUGAAAGCGGCCCAGAUUUCCUGAAUACGCUUUUGAACUUCAAUGUCAAUUCUUCUAGGCAUUUCGAAGUGUUUUCCGAGGUAUUUGUAUCAAUUUGUCUUCUGAAUUGCUUCACCAUACACGUGCAGUGCUCCUUCAACUUCUGCCAUCCCAUGAUCUUCUAUUUGUUUAUCACUAAACCAAUCCUCGCACAUUCUUCCGUUAAUCCGUCCAGCAUUCGUUGCACCUCAUCCGUAUUUUUCGCCACCAGUACAAUAUCAUCGGCAUAACGUAACGUUUUAAUCCAAGUGUCGCAACUUCUCACAUUCAGUCCAAAGCCACUCCAAUCUAACUUCUCCAGCGCAUUUUGUAAGAUUAACAAAUAGCAAUGGUGAUAGAGUAUCACACGUCAAGAAAAACCACCUGAAAUGAUGGCCAUAUUAGAAAAUUUAAAAAAUUUUAAUUAAAAAGCAAAAAAUCGACUUUUUAGGUCCAAAUUCACUACUCUACACUGAUUCACAAUUCUCACCAGAAUGGCUCACUGACCGCUUUGAAGCACUAUGGGAUUGUCUUGCGGAAGAAGCCGGUAAGUUUUCAAUAUAAAUUUAUUCAAAUUUAAAAAAAAAUUAAUUAACAAAGAAGAUCAAGUUCAAUUUUUCACGAGCUUCCAAAAAUUUAGAAAAGUGGACCAAAUUCAAUUUCUCAAAAAAAAAUUCAACUUUUCAAAAGUUAAUUGGAGGGGGGGGAGGGGAGGAUAAAAGUUACUAGAGGAAACCAAAUCCACCUUUUUUUCAAAAAAAUUCCGACUUUUCAAAAUUUAACAGAAAAAGACAGACACAAAAAGUUCAAUUUUUUCCAGGUCGAAAUCAAAAAAGGCAGACUUCCCCGCUUUCAACUGAUGGGUCCAAUCAAGUACAAGGAAGCCUGUUUGAUGGUCCGCAAAUCCCUGCCACCAGCAAAAAAGCGCAGGCAAUCGGAGCGCCAAAUCGACUGCAUUAUCAGUCGUAUCUUGACAGAUGAAUUCAAUGAGACGGAGGCAUGUUUUACACCAUACUAUCUCUACACGGCCAUUGGGUUCAAGGUGUUGAAGAACGACUUUAUUCCCAUGAAAGCAACCCAGUUUUACAGUUACUUUACUGUCAAGGAUGCAGAUUAA